CAGGCUCCCACAUGGUGAUGUAUCACAAUCACGCGUUACCCAGAAUUUUAAUUUUUUUCACCACACUGCUAUGACUGAGGCAGCCAUGUCAUGCUGUCAGCUUUUCAUCAGAUGUUACAGCCACGGCACGCAACCCUCAAGGCCCCUCUGACUAAACUGUGGUGAUGAGGUCGGAAGCCAAGCAACAGCUCAGUAUGAACUUGCUGACAAUGAGAGCAAUGAGACCAAUGAACUGGUCUGGUUUUCAGCUGCAGGACUAUUGUCUGUCAAACCAGGUUGCUCCAAAACAAAGGAAAAAACCAGCCAAGUGAGGAAGAGGGCACUUUCCAGGUACCUCACUAACACACAUAACCAAUGUUAAAGCUUACUAAAUUGCUGUACCUCGGUGUGUUUUCCUGGAGUACCUAGUAAUAGCCAUCAGCAGCACCACUGGUUUGCUAAGUCCUGACUAUUCUCAUUCCUUUGACAAGCUGAGAAAGCAAUGUUGAGAGGAACUUCACAUCUCUGCUGUACUCUGGCCAAAGGUGCUUUGCUCUGUUUGUCCCUUGUGCUGUCCUGCUUCCACCGUGUCCCUUCUGUGGCUUUCUACAACAUGGAAAUUUCCACACAGUCGCCUUCUACCCCUCCAGCAAGACUGCAAGAUGAAAAGAGAAGAAAAACUGGCUGCAGCCCUAGAUGAACAGAGUGGGGAACUGACUGCUGUGGCACAUUCAGCUGCACAGGGGGAAGGAGCAGCUGUUUUCUUCUUCUUUUGCUCUUAGAAUACUUUCUACAAAACUGACCAUCUGUGCAGGAGACAUAAAAUUCUGUAUUCUGAAUGCAGAGAGGCAAUUGUAAUGACAAGAGUUGGUAUAGUACCAGCCUGUGACCGACAGCCUGUCUUUGAUAGAGGGAUGACUGUGCUAGACCUGCCCCAGUCCGUAGAGUGUGGCAGGCAUCCUAAGAAGAUCCUGUCCCAGUUCAGUGAUGGAUCAGUUGCUUCCAUGGUCCUGUCUGUGCUCCAUUGUAUAAGAGCAGGGUAUUCGCAGCAGUGUGGUGUUUGUCCUCUGCUUGAAGGUUACCACGUCGGUGACUAACGCAGCACUGGGACUUUCCUACUUGCUGCUGUUUCCCCAGCUCUUAGACAUGGGGGAAUUUGCCAUAAGCUGAAGAGUUUGAGGUUGGCUGCUUCUCCCCAGCUCAGCCACUGCUGGUUUCACUUGCAGUGAGCCACCCACACAGCAACAAGAAUUGUAACAGGGUGAGAAAGCACUGGACUGCCUUCUGGGGGUAGAAUUUCCACACCUGGCUCAGGGUUGUAACCAGUCCCCAGUUUAUGUCUUGAUGCUGUAGAGAGCUGCUGUGAGAACCAGGCCUGCACUGGCCGUGGUUGGCCCUGGAGUUAGUGCUCUUGGCCCUUGGUGAGUAGCCAGCAGAGGCUGUCUGGCAGGCUCUGGACUUGAAGGUUAUGCAGAGCUGUUCAUUGCUGGGUGGGGUGCUCCCCCGCUGCCUAGCCGAGGUGCUCCAGAAGCACACAGUAUGCUCCUCCACAACAUGAGGGAGGCAACAAAGCCAUCAAGUGCCUUCUUUCCUCCACAAGGGCAGGAAUUAGGACCCAUAGUUUAGCAUGUGCUGCCUAUUCCCUGGCUUCGUUCUGAGCGGUGCUGGGGUCCUGCAACAGACACUCGUCCGGAAGGAUCAGGGAUUCUUCCCACUUCUGGUCAGGCCACCUUUGCUGUUCUUAUGACUUGUCUUAAAAACCUCCAGCUGUGCUCCCGAGUGUGAAGGACCAACACAUUCAACUGCUGUCCAUAUUGUCUCUCUUUUGCAUGUUAUCUGCCAUUGUUUUAGCUUCUUGCUGCUCCUAGCACAUCACUUUCCAACAUCCGCACAUGCACAGUGGCAGGGUAGGGAGUGUGGAAACUAGGCUAUGCAGAGCUGGUCACAGAACAACAACCAGGGGAUCCAAGCAGCUUCCUUGUUCGAGCAAGAGCCUCACACCACAACCAAAGCCACUGUGGAGCAUGGAAUCCCCCGGCCCGACAUUUUGUAGGAACAACCUUCAGAAUCCUUCUCUUCUUGCUGAGCACUGUAAAUAUUUACCAGUGCUGAUUUGGAUGCAGAUACGCCGAUGCGACACAAUUUCAUCACAUUAGUCCCUGUGCUCUAGUAGAGCCAAUAACCCCACCUUUUGGCCUUUUUAGCCUCAAACAAAACAGGCUCCUGCCUUCUGCCACCUUACAAUGAACUCCUACCAGCAUCAUAGCAAAGCCACAGCUUCACAAAACUUGGACCGCCCCAAGAAACUCUCACAAAACCUUUUGGCUUCUCUAUGCAGAAAUGUAUUUUGAAUUUUUGGAAACAUUGGUUACUUUGGAGCAAUCUGUUUCUGUGAAAAUCCUGUUUAUCUCCAAUGUUGCUAAUAUGCCCCAACAUGUUUCAAGGUGCUUCUCAUAACUCUGCCUGUUUGUCCAUCCUGCACCACCAUCCCGCCUUUUCUCCUGAAGACACGGUACAUCCCUGCCAGUGAUGUGAGAAGCCACUAACUGCGUUAGCACUGCAUGUUCUGUGGGUUUGGGAUGGAGCCAGCAGUGCUGCUGGAGUCUGUGGUCUGCCAUGCGAUCAUCUCCUGCAGCUCACCGCUUGCCACGUGGAGGCAGCAUGCAAUGUGAGCCAUUAGCUUUUGCUUUGAAAAUACUUCCACGGUCAGAAGUUGAAAAUAGCUAGUGUGUUUUCUCACCCUAUUAGAGAUGCCAGAAGCUGUCCAAGGCACACUCAAUUGCUGCACCCAGCCCCAGGUGUGGAAGGCCUGCUGUAAAAGCUUGUGGCCGGGCAGCAUGGGUGGGGCAUGCUGAUUUUUGACAGCUGUGGUAAAACAAGGAUCCAAGAGGCUCAGGUGACGCUCUUGCCAUAAAUAGUUGUAUGCCAGCAGCAGAGUUCUGGUCUUUGUGCAUCCUUGUGAGCAGAGAUCUGGGGGUGAGCUGAUGGAUGUUGGCUCUAGAUGGGUCAGUUUCUGCCAACCUGCAUGAAAGGAGCCGUGAGUUCUGCUAGCACUGCUGACUCAGCAUGUGUCUGGUGAUUUCCCAAGAGAAGAUAUGAACCUCUGUGCGAUCCCCUCUGUGUGAGCAAGACGUACACAGUCAGAGCUCUGUGAAGGACAUCCAGUCAGAACCAACAUGAGGAACAAACUGUGGCUCCAGAGUAUUUCCUUCUUCCUUUUAUUCCAGUACACUACGUGUUGUGAAAACCUCACUUGUUUUGUGGACUAUGUACAGACCCUGUCCUGUAUCCUGAGAAAUGACUGGGAUGCCAGUUCAUAUAACCUCACUGCAACAUGGGUUCCUGAGGAAGAUCCAGAAAAUACUGUGGCUGCCUGCAGUCUCCUGCAAUUGUCCAGGAACACCAGCCACACACAGUACAUGUGCACUGUGGACAUGACUGAACUCCUGGCAGAUAUCAAAGUCCAGGUGGAUGUUACAGAGAUAGCUCAUAGGCAGCAUGUGAUUUCCAAAGGCUUUUAUAUGGCAGAGAACAUCAAACCACAGCCUCCAUUCAAUCUGACUGCUGUGUUCUCAGAGGGUUACAAUAUUUCCUGGGAAACCAUCUACCAGAACUCUCCUUUUUACUUUUUGAACGAGGAGUUGGAAUAUCAGCUGCGUUAUAAGAGAAGGACCGACACUUGGGAGACUCGGAAGACUAAAGCUGUCCAUGAAGAUAAACGGACACUGGUGAUCCUGCCAUGGGAACUCCAGAUGAACACUGAGUAUGAGUUCCAAGUGAGAGCCAGACCUCGAGAAGACACUGGCUACCAUGGAUUUUGGAGUGAAUGGAGUCCUCCGCUGAUGUUGAAAACCAGCCCUGCUGCAGUGACACAAACAGCAGGCAUGGGAUGGCUGCUGCUGUUUGGUGUUGUUGUGGCCAUCACUGCCUCAAUCACAACCUUUCUGGCCAAACAGCGGAGCUUGUGGAAGAAGAUGGCUUGCAUCCCAGACCCUGCUGCCUUUUUCAAACCUCUUUACCUGGUGCAUAAUGGAGAUUUCAAGAAGUGGGUUGGUGCAUCCCAUAAGAAAAUGACCCUUGAUUUAUUUGAAUGGGGAAUAGUCCUUCCAGAAGUCCUAGAAGUUUACACCAUGCGUCCUUCCAACAGCACCUCACGGGAAGAGCUGCAUGAGCUGAGAAAAGAUCUGCCUUGCAGGCCCUGUGUGUCUUGCCUGACUGCCCCAGGUCAGGAUAGCCAGUCUCUGCUGUCUAGUGUGAACAGCAGCAGUGGGACUCAGGACCGGUCAUAUGGGCAUUUGUCCAUUGAUACUGUGACUGUGGCUGAUGAAUUUACACCUUGUAACUGCCAGUGCAACUGUAACCGUGUGUACAGGGGACAUGAGCAUACCAUCGAGGAAGAUAAUAGUGCUGGAGAAACUGGUUACCCCAAGGUUAAUGUUGAUGAUGAAGAUGGAAAGAUAUCCAGUGACUUGCAUCUGGCUGACCUGAGCACGCAGGACAAAAUACUUGCUUCGGGCUCUGUGUCCACAGACCACCUGAGGAGUACAAGUGUCCCAGCCCACCAGCAAGUAGAAAGGGCUUUAGAAGGAGGGAUGGGGAGCAUCCUAGAAGCCCUUUGCUUGCAGCCUAAUCAGUGGGAUUUGGAAAAUCCAGGUUCUCUACCUUCUCCUGAUGGCGAAAGUGUUUCCUACAGUGAAGGCUCCUAUGACUUCUUCCCUCACAUUGCAAGGCCUGGUGACAGUUACCCUAUGAUCUGCGUAGACUUGGACACUAUCGACAGUGGCUUUGUGGACUCAGAUUGUGGGAGUCCAGUUGACUGUGAAUUUGAGCAAAACAGUCAGACCAACUGUGGAUCCAUCCCUCUUGAGAGGGAGGGGGAGGACUUUCCACGGAGCUACGUCAAGCAGUGGGUCUCCUGUCGCUCUGAUGGCCCUGUCAAUGGGACACAGACAAACUAAGGACCUGAUAUUGCCUUGCAGAGUGUAGGGCCUUUUUCCAUACAGUGCCAGGAGCAAAGCCUUAGCAAAAUUCAGAAGAGAAACAAAGUAUACUUUGCGUAAGCUCUAUUGCACAAAACUGAAAACUGUUAGGUCUGUAGAAAUAUAUGCCUAUUUCUAUUGCCACUUAUCUUGUUAAUGUCUCAAACUGGAUAUGAUUGAUUUUUUCCUUUUUUUUUUUUUUUUUUUUAAGAAUCCUAGGUCAAACCCCCUUAUAAUGGCAGAAAAAGCAACUGUAUGUAGAUGUGUAAAUUUUUUUGACAGUAACCUUAUGAAGAGUACAAAACUUUAAAUUAUUUUCCCUGGUAUUCUUACAUGAUUUGAGAGUUUGGAUGUACAUGGAAUCUUGAAAGCAUAACCCAUGGCAAGUGUGUUUGUUACAUUAAAGUUCCCCUACCCUUUCCAAACAACACAGAUGGUGUUAUUGUUCCUACUAAUAUUUUUGGCUCUUUAAACCCAGCUGUAAUAGUUUGUUAAUUUUGGAGGGUCCCAGCCCUGUCCAUGGGGCAUGAUCAAAAACAAUUCUCAUAUGAUCAUCACAGUACUGUGUGUCCAAGAGACCAAACACAACUAAGGUUUCAGAAAGACUUUGCCUUUCCAGGUGGAGUCUGCAAAUGAAAAGUCUUUAAAACACACAUAAUUCCAGAGAAACUCUUGCUACCAGGGCUUUCUACUGAAUCAGCAUCUCUCCCAGCAUUUUCCAAGCACAUUAACUGAAACAUUGAGCAGCUUUCAGAACUAUGCAGAAAUUUCAGAAAUGUCCUACCUGGAUGUGCCUGCAACUCCAUCUUCUGCCUUGGACCCGGUCUGCUGCAGUUAACAGGUCAGUAACACAAAGUCUGAGCAAUUUCUGCUAGCGAAUAAAGACAACCAUGAAACUGCUAUUUACACUGUAACUGUGAAUAUGUUUCUAUCUGAUGUCUCUGUAUCUCUGUGUUUUUUAGGAUAAUUGUCUUUAAAAGUUACUGUAAUACUGAUAUUGAAUGUAGAGACCUACAUCUUGUGUAGGCAUAGUGCUACUAACCCUGGGCUGCUUGGCUCCAGAAGAUCUUAUAAUGAGAGAACCUUUAUGGUGCAUGGUGUAUGUUUCCAGUGUGGUAAUAAUCUGUUGUUGCUGCGAUACCAAUAAACU